GUUGUUCUGGGCUGGACUCCCCAGGAAAAACGAAACAAAAAUCCAGUGUCAAAUCCUGCUCAUUUUUCUGUUGCUGUGCUUCAUUCAACAUGAAGAAAGUUGCACGACUCUGUGUGGGGGUCUUGCUAUGGCUCCUCAUCCUGUUCACUACCGAGGGGAUGUGUAACCAGAGAGUUAAUUGUCAGUGGGGCCCUUUUGGCAGUUGGUCAGAAUGUGAUGGCUGCACCAAAUCACAGACAAGAAGCCGUGCCAUGGCUGUCUACCGUCAGUUUGGUGGAAAUUCCUGCUACGGAGAACGAAGCGAGACCAGGCCCUGUGAAACCACACAAGGCUGUCCUUUAGAAGAUGGAUGUGGGAAUAGGUUUAGCUGUCGAUCAGGGAAGUGUAUUAGCCAGUCUCUGGUGUGUAAUGGAGAUCAGGACUGCGAGGAAGAUGGACACGAUGAGCGUGUCUGUGACAUUGUAAAAUAUAUUGUUUGUUCAAACUCAGUUCCCCCACCUAAUGUUGAAAUCCUAGGACUGGGGUUUGAUGUGGUGUCAGGAAAGCGCAGAGCAAGUGUCAUCAAUACAAAGAGCUUUGGGGGCCAGUGCCGCACCAUCUUCAGUGGUGUUCACAAUAAUAUUUAUCGACUGCCCCUUAGUACUCUUCAGUACAGCUUUUUGGUUAAAGUCCAAAAUGACUUCAGUGAUGAGAUGUACACCAGCAAAUGGCACUAUGCCAAGGAUAUUGUCAAACGACAGACAGUGACCGGGACCACGUCGGGAUAUCACAACUAUGAUUUUCAUGAAACUCAUGACAGGACUCAGAACCGCAAGAUUGUAAUUUUAAAGAAUGAUAUAGAGGUAGCUCAGUUCCAGACUAACUCUCCUGAGUACAUCCCAAUAUCUGAGGAGUUUUGGAAGGUGCUUGUCAAACUCCCAUCUGUCUAUGACUACUCGGCAUACAGGAAAGUUUUGGAAAGGUUUGGGACACACUACCUGUCUGCAGGAAGCUUAGGAGGCUCCUUCAAAGUUAUUGCCACAAUUGAUGAAGAAACUGAAAGAACUACAGUCAGUGAAACUGAGCGGUAUGAUGAAUGUACAAGGACUAAACGUUGGGUUCUCAUAUUCCCCAUCACCACAGAGAGUUGUAAGAGAGGUCAUCAUGGUCACACAUCAACCGAAGGUAGUAGCAGGAAUAAUAAUGUGAACAAAGUGGAUGUGGAGGGAGGAGGUGUCUCACAUAUUGCAGCGCUGAAGACGAUGAGCCUAGCCUAUCCGGACAGGAACUGGGAAAUGUAUUCAAACUGGGCAGACUCUGUUAGAUCAUUUCCACAGGUCAUAAAACAAAAGCUGCGACCACUGUCAGAGCUGGUGAAGGAGGUUCAUUGUGCUGGUGUGAAGAAGCUCUACCUUCGCAGAGCCAUUGAUCAGUACCUUGCUGAAAGUGAUCCCUGCCACUGCCAGCCCUGCAGGAACAAUGGAAUGGCUGUCAUGGAUGGAGAUGAAUGUAAAUGCAUCUGUAAGCCUAACACAUCUGGACUGGCCUGUGAGCAAGGAACUGAGGCAGAAGGUCAACAGGGAGUGAUCCACGGUAGCUGGUCCUGCUGGACAGCCUGGUCAUUGUGCUCUAGGAAUCAAAGGUCACGAAGUCGUUCCUGCUCUAAUCCCUUCCCUCAGAAUGGCGGACAGCACUGCAUUGGAGAAGCAACUGAGACGUCUGACUGUGAAGAUCAAGAGCUGCAAUACUUAAAAACUAUGGAGCCUCAGUGCUUUGACCAAACUCUCCCUGCAAGUCAAAAGUGUGGAACCCCACCUGCUCUGAUCAAUGGCUACAUUCUGGUCCCGAAGGACAUAUAUCUUGUGGGUAGUACAGUUGAAUACACCUGCACUCAAGGGUUCUAUCUUGUUGGCGAAAGCACCAUAGAGUGCACUGCUGAUCAAACAUGGUCUGCCAGGCCUGGAUUGUGCACAGUUUCAAGGUGCCAGAUUGGAUUCCUCACAGAUGAUGUCAUAGCUUCUCCUUUAAAGGAGAACUAUGGCAUAGGGGAGUCAGUUACAUUGUCCUGCCCAGAGGGUAAACAGCUAGUAGGAGAAGCAACGAUUAUUUGUGAUCCCAGUCUGCAUUUUUCACCAAACCCAGCAGACGUCAGGUGCAUCCAAGACAGCACAAUACAACAACGCAUUGUUCCUACAGUGGGGUGUAAACCGUGGGAAAAGCUUUCCAGAGGAAAAUGUGUUUGCAAAAUGCCUAAUGAGUGUGGUUCAUCUUUGGAGUUGUGUGCCACAGUAGGUAGAAGAUCAGUCCUUCUGGAUGUGUGCAAAAUGCAUGCAUUGCAGUGUAUAGGCAAGAAAUACACAACAGCAGAGGACAGCACCUGCGUUUGGCCACAGCGCAAUACAACAGGUUGUGCCAGCUGCAACAUGUGGGAGAACUGCAAUGAUCAAACUAGUGAGUGUCAAUGUAAAGACUCUGCAGAUUGUGUGCACCCUGGAUACAGUGUGUGUGUCCAUGUUGGAGAGGAUGCGGCCACACAGACCAUGAGUGAAUGUGAAGCAGGACUUCGGCGAUGUAAAGGAGAAAAGGUGUCUGUUGUCAGUAUCCAGCCCUGCACUUCCUGAGCAUUCAGGGUGGGACCUGAUUGACUGACCUCUCUUAUUCAUCCUCUUUUAUUAAUCCACUUAAUAUUGGAACCAAUAUUGUUUUAAAUGCCAAGACUUAACACAUUUUAAAGGCACAUUUUUAUGCAUGUGUAAAAAUAAAACAAUACUGUAUUAACAAUAAACAAAUAGC